AAAAACUACAAUAUAAAAUUUUUUCAAAAUCAUAAAUAAUUAAAACACAAAAAUUAAAAAAAAAUUGUAAAUAAUUAUUAAAACAUACCAAUAAACAGCUAAAAAUAUUUCGAAUUAAUAAAUAUUAAAAUUUUUUAACAAUGUAUUAAAACAGAAAAAAGAGAUUUAAUAAAAAAAAAAAUUAUUUUAGAAAAAAAAAUUUUUUAAGCUUUAAAUCAGAUAUUAUAAGAAAAUAUAGUUGAAAAGUGAACAGUAAUUGAAAGAAAACUUUUUUAAUACAUAAAAAACAAGUGCUACUGCAAGCCACUCCCCUUGCACCCCCAUGUUAAGAAAGUGAAAUUUCGCUCGCACACAUAUAAAAGAAAAGUGCAAACAAUAUUCAAGUGUAAAUUCUUAACACCAGUGCUUAAAUCAUAAAGCGACAAUAUUUUCAUCGUCAACAACUACAACAACAGCAACACAAUGGGUACGAAAUCGCCCGGUGCACCGCAACGUUGUCGGCUGAUAUUACAGCGCUGUCUCGCCAUACAGCUAAGCAAACCCGGUCAUACCCCGGAGGACUUUUGGAUGUACGAUUCGGGUUAUAUGAUCUUUCAGAAUUUUCUCGCCGCCAACGCACAAUGUUGGUGGAAUGCCCCACUCACCGCCGCAACACGUGCGCUCAAAUAUGCCGGUCAUGUAGCGCCCGGCAUGCUAUUGGUGACAGCCGAACCAUGCGCACUGGAAGUGCUACGCGGUGCCUAUGCGCGUAGCGUGCUGAAACCACCAGCGACUUAUGUCAUCAGCUCAGUCGGUGAUAUCGAUGACUGCAUCGUAACACCGACUGUGCAAGGACAAUUUACCCCACUGCCUGAGGCGCUCUGCGAUGUCAUUAUGGAUCUUACCGCAGAGGGUCACUCGGCCACCAUAGAGAAUGUGCGCAUCAAAUUGAGCAUACGAUUUCCGCAUAUGACACCGCCAGCCACCGAAGUUAUCUACGAUACGCUAGCACAAUUGAUGCAGGAACAGAAGAUAUAUCAAACCGCGAAGGGUUACUUCAUCUUUACGCCAGAACGUCGCCGCAGCCGUUCGAGACCGCGAGCCAUGCGCAAUGGUUAUCAAGAUUUUGAAGAGACCGAUGAAAUACCUCAGGAGGCGCGCACAAUGCUUAUGACCAAUGCGGAGGCGCUUCACUCAUUGUACGGUGAAAUCUCCACAGAACGCGACGGCGAUCUAACGCAUCAAUGCAUACAAACCAAUUUGGCCGAUGUCAUAUGCGGCGGCAAUCCAAAUGACAAAAUACUUUAUCCACGCGCCGCCAAAAGACGCAGCGCCUCAUUUCCAACACCGCGCAGCCUGGAGAGAAGACAUAGUCUGCGCUUGUUUGGCUCCUCAAAGCGACUGCAGCGUUGCGCGUCAACACGAAGCCUCUCAAAGACAUACGCACAAACUUUAGCCACGGACAGUAGCAGCUCGGAGUACCAAAGCACAGAUUCUUCGUCACCAAAAAAGGGAUCUUUGCUAUCGCGCCUCUUCCGACGUAGUGGACGCGCCAAACAACGUCAAAUCGAAACAUAUUCAGCCCAGUUCCCGCCUGCCGAGUGGUUCAAUUCUCGUGCAGUGCAUUUACAUAGUGUUGGCACACAAACCGCCGAUCACGAUAUGCCGGUGGCGCAUACGCUCUCCAAUUCCACAUUUUACGAUGGUUCUGAGUUGAGUCAACGUUCACUGACACUGCCACGCCGACAUCGACGACACAUGUCCAGCGAUUCGACCUUCCUUAUAUCGUCGCGCGAUUGUUCGCCCAUACGCCGACGUUCACCAGUCUACUGCAGCAGUUCACUGCCCCGUUCAACACAAUCCAUACCGGCUACAGCGAGCGGUACAACGAACAUAACCAACGCACCGACGUCGGCGACCAAAACGAAUCACUCCACCGCGACACUAUCACGCCUCUCAGCACCAAACCAUACAACAACAGCAAGCGCUGUAGCCGCCGCCGCCGUGUCAGCGAACGCACAGAAAUCUUCCUCAAAGAGUGUUAUUGGCAAACACAUUUUCGAACAGUCGCCCUCGCGUACCAGCGGUACGCUAAAAGCGCCAGCUACAAAGCGACAGUCAGAUAAUAUCAUAAUUAACGGUUACGCCAGCAAUUUGGAUAGCGGCAAGGUGAGCUAUCGCAGCGUACAAAGCGGUCCGUCUAGUUUGGAAUCGGGCAAAGCCUCAUCCAUGCUUACAUCGGGACCGUCGAGUAUCGAUAGCGGUAAGGUGUCAUUCAGCAAAACCAGUGGUCAUUCUAGUCUUGACUCGCAGUGUUCGACCAAUACGGCGGUGGUGCAACCAAGUCCAGCCAGAUCGAUACUCGUAUUGAACGGUUCGCCGCGCGGCACACCGCGUCAUCAGGCAAUGCGUGCACGCGCCGCCGAACAGACGCAACGGCAACGUGCCUCGACGCCAUCGCGUAUACUCGAGGAAAUCACCAACCAACAAAAGCCGCUGCCGGGCCGCACCACAAGCAAUACCGGCGGACAAUCCUAUUACAAUGGCAUACCGAAUUCGAAUUCGAACAACUCGAUCACACUGCAGGUGACCACCAGCAAUGGCAGUCAAAGUAGUAUACCAAGCACAAAGAUUUAUGUGCAGAACUCACCAGCGCGUAGCGUUAUAACGUUGGAGAAUGGCAAACUGAUGGAGAAUUCGAAUGUCUACAUCAUUAAUAAUGAGACGACAACCAAUGAGAAGGGUGAGAUCAUUAAGAAGACGCUCUCGAAGCAGGAAACUGCGCCAAUGAGAAGUCAGCAGCAACAAAAAGAGCAACAGAAAAGAAAUUACGCACAGGCGCAUGCGCAAACACACAGCCAAACGAAGUCAAUGCAACAGCAGCAGCUGCAGCAGCAACAACAACAACAGCAGCAAUCGACAAAUAUUCAACAAAUCUACAAAGACAAUUCGAUUAGCGAGAAUGAGGCGAACUCCGAAACUUGCGACUCCAUUUCGUUUAUCAGCGAAACAUCACCGGACAAUUUGGAUACGCUCAGCUCCACCGAAGUUAUUGACAACUCGAAAUUCACGAAGAAUAUCAACAACGACGCCACAAUGAAUAACAGUCGUAAGCUUUGCUUACAACUGCCGCAACACGGCUCCAGCCAUAUUGUCUACAAAAAUAAUGUGUUGAAAAACGAAUCGAAUCCGAACUCACCCAGCGGCGAGAAGACGCUCGCAAUGGCGGCGCUCGCAGCUAAACAAGAUUUCGAAAUUGCCGGUUCGGUUGGUAAUUUACGCUUCUACGAAAAGAAUACCAAGGACACAACACACGCGAAAUUAAUGAACUCACAUUGUGAUUUAAAGAAUCUAAAUCGUUACGAGUCUUCCGGUAAUCUACAAAAGACCGGCAAUAUUCUGCAAUCGAAUCCAGCCAUAAAUAGUGACGAUCUGGCGCAUAUAUUGCAAAAAAACAUAAUUGCCGUUGGCAGCGAGCCGAAUUUAGCUUUAAAGGACAAUAACUGCAGUAACGCGAGUGAUAAGUCCGUCGAAAAGGAGGCGCUCGAUCGACGCUUCAGCUUGUCGAAAGACCCCAACGGCCCGGUCAGCGCCAAUGCAACCGGCAAUGAAGACCUCUACAACUUUCCCAGUCUAACGGAUUUGUCCUUUAAUUUUACCUCAUUGGCGGCGCAGAAAAUCCUACAGGGUGUCAGCCUGAAUAGCAUCGAUACGUUGGUGGAGCUAAAUAUGGCAGCUGCUGCUGCGGCGAAUAAGGAGAAGCAACAGAAUAAUCAACCCACGCCUGUGUGUACCGACUACGGUAUGGUGUAGCGGCUUGAUUGAUAGACGACCAAAUGAAAUUCAAUAAAAAAAAUUGCGUUAAUGCGCUGAAAUGAGCUUAGGUCAAUUGAGGAUGGAGCAGGUUGUUAUGUCGGUGGCUUUUUAGGUGGCAAUGGGGCAAUGCAAAGGGCACGCAUGGUCAGUAUGAUGGCGCACAACUUCAACUUACUAAAUAUUCGUACUACUAAUAAUCUUAAACUAAAAACAAACAUUGAAAACGUAAAAAGAUAUUUACUACUCGAAUUUAGAAAACGGAUACGGAACCAGAAUAGAUGCUAUUCUUGUUCAAGCAGUAAUUUUUUCCCAUACUGUAGAUAAAGUGGCAUAUUUGGAGUUAGUGUAA